AUGCCAGACGCAAUUAAUGUACAAGACGCGCGGAAAAGCCGGGGCGAAUUGACGGAAGAGGCACAUGCGGGAGAGAAAGAAAAAAAUUCUAGAGAAAUGAAAGAACAGCUCGAACAAGAGCAAGCACCACAGAACGAAACGACCAAGAUUGAUCCCAACUUCGUGACAUGGGAUGGACCAGAUGAUCUCGCAAAUCCCAAAAAUUGGAAGACUGGUCGGAAAUGGGCUGUCACGUUCGUCGUCUCAUCUUUUACCCUGAUAUCACCCCUAUCUUCCUCAAUCCUUGCACCGGCCUUAAGCUCUAUUGGCCAAGAGUUCAAUAUCACGAAUGAUGUUGAGUUGUCUCUAGCAUUGUCAAUUUUUGUGCUCGCAUAUGCAAUCGGCCCAUUAUUCUUGGGGCCUCUUUCUGAGCUGUAUGGACGCUCGCGGGUCCUCCAACUAUCAAACCUAUUCUACUUCUUUUUCAAUCUCGGGUGCGCCCUUGCACGGUCCAAAGCACAGAUAAUGGUCUUCCGCUUCUUUGCAGGGCUUGGAGGCUCAGCACCCUUAGCUAUUGGCGGAGCAGUACUCGGAGAUCUCUUCACUACUGACACACGAGGGCGUGCAAUCGCUGUUUAUUCACUGGCACCUCUACUCGGACCGGCUAUCGGCCCUAUUGCGGGUGGCUUUAUCACACAGAAUACCUCUUGGCGCUGGAUCUUUUAUGCUACAACGAUGGCCGACGGAGUUAUCCAGCUCAUUGGCCUGUAUUUCUUGCGAGAGACUUUUGCACCUCUACUCUUACAGCGCAAAAAAAACAAGCUAAUUAAGGAAACCGGCAAUCCAAAUUAUUACACCAAGUCAGAUACAAAAGCAGACCGCACAGUCUUGAAAACCUUACAAGCAGCUCUGGUUCGGCCAUUCCGACUCCUCGCAACUCAACCUAUCAUCCAGGUGCUAGCACUAUAUAUGGCCUACGUCUACGGGCUGAUCUACAUUGUCCUUUCCACUUUCCCCACGUUAUGGACUUCUCCCGACCAUUACGAUGAGAAAACAGGUAUUGCUGGGCUUAAUUAUAUCUCGCUCGGCGUCGGGUUUUUCCUUGGAACCCAGAUCUUCGCCCCAUUACAAGACCGUGUGUACCGAGCCCUCAAGGCGAGGACACCAGAUAACAUCGGCCGUCCUGAAUUCCGCGUUGUGCUCAUGUUCCCCGGCGCAUUGAUCGUGCCUUUUGGUCUAUUUAUUUACGGCUGGACGGCCGAAUAUAAAACACAUUGGAUCGCACCCAACAUCGGUGCUGCCACAUUUGCUGCGGGAACCGUCAUCAGCUUUCAGUGUAUACAGGCAUAUGUUGUUGAUAGUUAUACAAGAUUUGCCGCAAGCGCAUUAGCGGCGAGUACGGUGCUGCGAAGCUUGGCUGGAUUUGGCUUCCCGCUUUUUGGACCGUAUGUGUAUUCCUCAUUGGGUUAUGGAUGGGGUAAUAGCCUCUUGGCAUUCCUUGCCAUAGGAUUGGGAUGGCCAGCACCGUUCUUGUUAUGGCGUUUUGGAGAAAUCUUGAGAAAGAAGAGUCCUUAUGCUGCUGGUUGA